UUACAUCCAUUGGUUAACUCUGAGGCUGAGCCACUAUCCACAGUUCUGCACCAGACAAGGCACGGAUUGGCUGAGAAGUUUCCCAUGUUCUUGACUUUCCCAAGUUUUGACUCUCCUAUUGUUGCUUAUAGCUCCUGUGAUUCAGGAUGGAAUUCAAAGAACUAGGUGGUGAUGACAUCUCCGACGGAGAGACGGAGGGUUUGGACAGCGUGAAGGCGAUCACUGAAAAACUCAAAUUGCAAACACGCAGACCAUCAUAUUUUGAGUGGAAGGAAAGAUUGGAAAGCCGGCCUUGGGCAGAGACCGCAGACGUUACAAACAGUGAUGAUACCGAUGAACAACCAAACGUGAUUGAAGUUUCCAAAGAUGAGAAUUCAGAACCAACUGUUCGGAAUAUUUGUGGUUUUGAAACUAUCGACGAUGCACUGUCUUGGCUUCGGAGUGAACUGAGGGAGAUGCAGCUUCAGGAUAACCGGCUGGCCCGGCAGCUUAUCCGCCUGCGAGCGGAGAUCCACCGCAUCAAGGUGGAGCAGGUGUGCCACCGGCACAAGGAGAUGCUAGACGACGCCACCUAUGAGCUGGAGGAGUGCGGUGAGGAGUCCGACCUGCUAUGUGACAUCCCCAUGAAGGCUGCCUUCGCCCUGUCCACGCCGCUCAAGCACCUGGGACUCACCAAGAUGAACAUCAACUCUCGCCGCUUCUCACUCUGUUGAGUGAGAUAGAAUUUGUUGACGAUUCUAAAAAAAAAACUAAAAAAAAACUCUUUUUGUUAUGACUGUGCAGGCUAUGUGUUGUGCUUGGCUGGAUGUGGUAGGUAAGCAUAAAACACAUCAAGCAUCAAUGGACCGAUGACAGAUUGAACAGGAAUUGAAGAGCCAUUAAUACCAUUGAUUUGAGCCAAGCCCUGUUAUGGGAUACUGUUGGUUGCUGAGGAGGUUUUGGCUCAGAUUCUGUCCUUCCGCAGGGCUCCAGUGUCAGAUUGCACAGAUGGUGAGGACAGACUACAGUAGUUGCUCCACAGUAAUGCAAGUUUGGAGAAACAUAUCAGGUCUCACACAACCCCUAUAACUGCUUCACCUAAACACCUAUCAGGUUUAAGCAACUCGUGAUGCACAAUGACAUCCCUAGCAAGCAAGAAAAUAUAACUGCCACUCAUAAAAAAGUCACGUGCACUGGCAAUAACCAGCGUCAUGUGUUCUGGAGAAUGCGUGGGACAUUCGCAGCCAUGCACAAGUUAGAGCUCUGGCGAGAGGACCAGCUCCUGUAAUCGUCAGCGCUCUCCUACAGAGAUGUGGAGAAGCAUGUCGGGCAGGCGCUCACACAGCAGGGAAAGGGAAACAAAAAAAAAUAUGCGCCCUUAUCCAGACCUGGCAGACCUCCCGCAACACCAGUCACACAGGAAGCACGAGGUCGUGGUCCAACAUUCUGUCACUUCUUCCCCAGACACUGAAAAUAGCUGGGAUCGGUAGAGAGGUUAUGGCUGAAGUGAAGGGGAUUGAUGGCAGGUUGCGCCCCCCAUGUCUACUCAACCCAUUUAAUCUGCAUAUCUCUUUGGCUCGUACUGAAGCUUUCCACUGCAUAUACAGUAAGAUGCUGUGAAAUAUGCAGAUCAUUUUACAGCUUUGUAUUUGGUGAGGAAUGCCUUCCAUGCACUUGCAGAAAUGUGGGUGCACCUUUAGUUUAUCAAACAAAGUCACGUGUCAAAAAAGCACACAUUGAAUUAAUCUGGGUUCAGAUGUGCUCACAGAAUGUUUUAGUAUGAUCCUUAUGUAAAAUGAUACAGAUGUAUAGGUUGUAUAGUAUCCUCAUGGUAUAUAUUGUAACAUUUUAAAUGUGUUGAAUAUAAUAAUAUUGUGAAAGAUGUCAAAAUUACGAAGAGUAAAAAAAAUAUAACAAUUUGUUUGUAAAAAUGCCUUACUAUAUUUUCCAGAAUAUGUCUUUCAUAUCACAUGCCUUAUUGGUGAGAAAGCUUAAUGGUGGGAUGUAUUUUUGAAUGUAAGUUCUCUGAAAGUAGAAGUUGCCUUCCUUGAACCAACGUCUUUAUUCCAAACAAUAAACACACUGAGACAAAAAAAAAACUAUGCUUCUGUGGUGCAACCAAUAGCACUUGAUCAUGAAUCAAUUGAUUGAAAGUGUAAUGCUAACAAGCACACCAUUCACCAGUCUAGCCAGUCCUAUGCUCCUACAUCUGAUGUUGACCAUACUAGCACUAUAGAUUUAUAUCAGCAAAGUGUGCUUUAAAAUUGACUUCAUAGGCCAUGUUGAAAUAUAAUGAAAUCUUCUUAUGUACAGGCAUUUACAAUAGAACAAAAAAAAAGUAUGUUAAGAUGAUGCAACAUAAUUGUAGAAACUGUCCUGUAAUAUAAUACACAAAUAAAUGCAUUUAGGGCAAACAGCUUAGACAUACCGUUCAACCUAAAGGUGAAUAACAUCACAUACUGUAUGAUAUCAGAGAAAAUGAUGAAUUGACUGACACUUUCACAGACUGAGUAAGUUGAAAUGACAACUUUUUUUUUUUUGGCAAAGAUCCUGAGAUAUUUGUUGGGGCUGUGAAAUGCUUCUUUGAAAUAAAUAGGCAAUCUAUCCAACUGAAAGUAGUUUGAGUAUCGUUUUUCAAGACACCCGAAUAAG